AUGGAAGGCAGUAGUUUAUCUGAAGGCGAAUUAUCCAUAUUGCUUCCGGUCCCAGAACAUAAUGUUUUGGACCCUCAAGAGGCAAUAAUGGAAAGGGGGAACAGUUCAAGAGGUCAAAAUGCAACUGGAGAGACAAUUGUACGAGGCAAGAAAAGGAUGGGGAUUGACAGUUCAUCCGAAGAAGAUGAAAAUGAUAAGGAUGAUUGGUCUAUCAGUUCUGGUGAGCAAGGGUCUGAUUAUAUGGAUACCGAUGGGAGCGAUGAUAGCAGUGCAUCUUCUGGGUGUAAUGUUGAUGUUGGUGGUGUUGAGGUAAUGAGGAGUAAGGAUCCCCAAGAAAUGAAGUUGAAUGAAGAUGAUAAUAGCAAUGUUAGAAGUUCAAUCCCGGUAUUGGAACCAUGUCUUGGCAUGGAAUUUGAAUCCGAUGAUGAUACAUAUAACUUUUAUAAUGCUUAUGCAAAAGAGAUGGGAUUUUCAGUUCUGAAAUUUAGGGUGGAGCGCUCAAGAGUGGGUAAUCGUGUACUUGCUAGAUCAUAUGUGUGUUCACAACAAGGUGAGAAAUGA